AUGGGCGAUAUCUACCUGCUGUCGUCAGAACAGGAAUUAGCAAAAUUCAUGCUCAACCCACGACCCUACCUACUACCACCGCAGCCCAAAGCGCCGAUUCGGUUAGCAGUUGUCGGUCCCGAGGCAUCGGGCGAGCAAGAUCUGGCUAAUCUGUUGGGCAGGCAUCUGGAGGUCACUGUGGUCGACUUAAAGGGUCGCCUUAAGAACCAGGAGGAGGAAUUACUCAAUGAACGUUUAGAGGCAGUCAAAAAAUCAACAACAGAGAAGCAGAUAGAGAUAAUUCAAAAGAGAAAUGCUGCGGAAAUAUCGGAAAUGAAAUCAGGUUUGGCAUAUAUUGAUAGGAACUUUUAG